UAAAUAAAUAGAGCGCAGCGUAUUGCAAUUGCAAUUAGGUCAAAAAGAAAGUGUCGAAGAUGGAGGAAGGGUUUUGUGCUGUUGUGAAUGUUCGUCAACAACAUGUUUCUGAACUGCGUACUUUGUUUCAUUUGGAGCAGGUCAGCGUUUCGAACCAUCUCGGUAUCCUUGAAAAGAUUCGGAGAAUCAAAUACAACAUCGAUGAAGGUUUGUCUUUCUGUUUCAAUAGCAUAUCUGAUGCUGCGAAAGUUGUCAAUCUUAUAACGGGCAUACUUCCUGCCCUGGUUCAGUGGAACAAGAUUGAUCCAUACCUUUUUUCUGUUGAAAUCGUCCCAAUUUGCUGCGGGGAUUUGAUUAUUCUGCCUAGUAAUAUUGCUGCUUCUUUAGGUCCAAAUAUUGGUCCUAUUGUUAUUUGUACUAGGGUUGCCAGAACAUUUACUUUGCUUGAUCCAUUUACCUUGACCCGCUGUUUCUUAAAGGCUGAUCGUUACUGGGAUGCACCCUUCACGCCUUCAUUCUCUAGGCAUCAGUUAGUGGAAUAUGUUGUUCUCGGUAUCGAGAAAUUAGAUGAGGAGGAGGAGGAGGAGGAGGUGGAGGAGAAUAAACAGAAGAAUAAGAUUUUUGGAUAUGCUGAUGCUGCUGCUGCCAAAAAAUAUCGUUUAGCUAAUGCCAUAGUUGCUCGUGUGAAAGAUAUUGGAAAUAAUAAUCACACAACUUUUCAAAUCAGGACUCAUCUUAGUCGUAUUUUAAAACCUGGUGACCAUGCUCUUGGUUAUGACCUGCCUGAAGGAGAUCCCAUUUUGAUUACCAAGAUUAGUUUUGCUAAAGAGGAGAAUGGUAGAGUUAUUCCUGUUCAGGAUAAGUGGGAAUCUGAUUAUCAACUCUUCUUAAAAGAUUUACAACAAGACCCUAAACUCCUCUUCGACCGAAAUCCAACCAACUGCCAUCCAUCUGGCCCACCCAUCAGAUCCCCUUUUAGAAGACCUUUUUAUCCAUUGGAGGAUUUGCUUGAUGGAUGAUCUACUUUUCAUUUAUUAGGUUUUUUCUAUUUGCUGUUUCUGUUUCUGUUUCAUGUUUAUAUUUAUUCCGAUAACAAGAACAAAUACUUAAAAGGUUCUUUUCACUUACUUUGUUGCAAUUUACAAUUUCUGUUUGAUAUUUAUGUUUAUUAGAACAAUUUCUGUUUGAUAUUUAUGUCCAUCAA